AUGGCAUUGCUCUUUCUGCUGUUAUUGUUCACGGACUGUGUGUCUGGUGCAGGAACAGAUGAGACGAUGUCAGUGAUGGAGGGAGAUUAUGUUACUCUACACACCAAUCUUACUGAAAUACAGAACGACGAUACAAUACUGUGGAUGUUUGGACCUAAGGACUUGGUCAUAUCCCAAAUAACGAGAAAGAACGAUUUUACCUCAUUUUUUGUCACUGAUGAGGCUGAAUUUAGAGGCAGAUUGCAACUAGACCAAAAAACUGGCUCUCUGACCAUCAGAAACACCAGAAUCAGACACUCAGGACAAUAUAAACUAACCAUCUCUAGAGAACAGACUACAACCAAGAUAUUUAGUGUUACUGUCUUUGGGGCAGUUGGUGAGACGGAUGGAGUGAAGUCAGUGUCAGUGACGGAGGGAAAUGCUGUCACUUUACACACUGAUACUGAAAUACACACAGAUGAUCUGAUCCUGUGGAGGUUUGGAGAUAAAGGCAUCCUCCUGGCUAAAAUCGAUGUAGAGACUAAAGAGACCUCAUUAAACGAUGCUGAUGAGAGAUUCAAAGGCAGACUUAAGCUGGAUCAGACUGGAUCUCUGACCAUCAAGAACAGCAGAACUGAACACGCUGGACUUUAUGAAGUACAGAUCAAAGGCCAUGAGAGUUCACAGCGAUUCCUUCUUUUUGUCACGACUGUUUCAGAAUUGACCCUGUCUUCUGGUGAAAUAGCAGCGAUAGUUGCUGCUGUUCUGCUGGUGUUGGCUGCAGUUUUAGCUGUCGUGGUGAUUUACUAUCGCCGAAAGAUUACUGCACUGCAAACAGAGAGGAAAGAUCCAGUGACUGAGGGAGGUUCUGUCACUCUACACACCAAUGUUACUAAACUACAUAAAGAUGAUGUGAUACAGUGGUGGUAUGAAGAUGAAGAUGAAAAGAAUCUCAUUGCUAAAAUCGAUAAAGUGAAGAAUAAGAAACCCGUAUAUGAUGGUGCUGAUGGGAGAUUCAGAAGCAAACUGGUGCUGGAUGGUCAGACUGGAAAUCUCACCAUCACAGACAUCAGGACCAUUCACUCUGGACUCUAUAAACUCAAGAUCAGCAGCAGCAAAAGAACCAAAUACAAGACCAUUUUUGUUCCCGUGACUGUGGAGACAGAGAAAGUGACGCCGGGAGAUUCUGUCACUCUCCAGACUGAUGCUAGAAUACAGGAAGAUGAUUUGCUGCUGUGGAUGUUCGGAGCUGAAAAGAGUCUCAUUGCUAAAAUUGAUUCGAGGACAAAUAGAACUGAUGAGAAAUUCGGUAACACUUUACGUGUUACCAGAAAUUCAGUGACAGACAGCACCUGGACGAGGAGACUGGAUCUCUUACCAUUAGAAACAUUACAGAUAGAGACUCUGGACAGUAUAAAGUACAAAUCAUCAACAGUGAACAGACCACAAUCAAGAGAUUCAAUGUGAUUGUCACCAAUUCCAGAUUUGUCUACAGAGAGAAUGAAUCAGCGACUGUGUCUGAGCAUUUGUUGAAGAGAAGGAAUAAGCAAGUGGAAACAAGUUCAUUUUGAAGAGAUAAGACACGCCCACCAGAUAUUUAAGUACAAAAACAUAGUUCUGCUUUUAUUUUAUAUAUCUGGAAUUUUAUUUAUUUAUUUUUUUGAGACAGUGAACCCUGGUUCAUCUCGGGUCUGCUUAGAAGUUUUCUGAGUCCUUAAGAACCAAUGCUCUAGAAGCCUAGAAUCUGCCCAGUGAAAGUGAGAAAUAAAGCAGAAUUCUUGAAGAUCAAUAAGCAGAAUGGUAGUUGGGGUGGGCAAUAUUUAAAAAGAAAUGCAUCAAAAAUCCUAUUUAUUUGAUCUGUCCUUCUAUCAGUUUGCCCUGUCCUCUUGAGCUGCACGCAUAAACAAACA